GCGCAGACGUAGCGCGUCACGGGCGGCCGAGAGGCAAUCGGGGUUUCAGCUGCCGUGUCCUCGCGUUCCUCGCUCGGACCCCGGCGUCGGAAGCUGCUCUCGGGGCAUGAGCUGAGGGCACAGCUCCGAGACUAGCAGUAUUUCGUAGAGAUUGAUGGAAGCAGAAACCAAAACCCUUCCCCUGGAGAACGCGUCCAUCCUUUCAGAGGGCUCUCUACAGGAAGGACACCGAUUAUGGAUUGGCAACCUGGACCCCAAAAUCACAGAAUACCACCUCCUCAAGCUCCUCCAGAAGUUUGGCAAGGUGAAGCAAUUUGACUUCCUCUUCCACAAGUCGGGGGCUUUGGAGGGCCAGCCCCGAGGGUACUGUUUUGUUAACUUUGAAACUAAGCAGGAAGCAGAACAAGCCAUCCAGUGUCUUAAUGGCAAGCUGGCACUGUCGAAGAAGCUGGUGGUACGAUGGGCCCACGCUCAAGUCAAGAGAUAUGAUCAUAACAAGAAUGAUAAGAUCCUUCCCAUCAGCCUUGAGCCAUCCUCAAGCACUGAACCCACUCAGUCUAACCUCAGUGUUACUGCAAAGAUAAAAGCCAUUGAAGCGAAGCUGAAAAUGAUGGCAGAGAAUCCUGAUGCAGAGUACCCAGCAGCACCUGUUUAUUCGUACUUUAAACCACCAGACAAGAAAAGGACUACUCCUUACUGCAGAACAGCCUGGAAGUCUCGGAGAUGAUGGCGACUUUCCAGAGCAGCAAAAGCAAAUGGGCUCCACAUUUGAAGUCCUCCUCCAUUGUACUUGUAGAUGUGAAUGGUACUGCCAACAGCACAGUUACAUGUUAGAGCUGCUCACAUAGCGUGUUCGGUAUUCAUAUGGAUGUGUCUUCCCUGAACUGUGUGGAACUGAGCAUCAUCCAGAAUAAAUAGGAAUGUGUCCAAACUGAUUUGAACACUGAGAUGCUCCAGUUGGCUGCUUUGUUUGGAUUUGUAAUUCCAGAAACACAGUGUGCCAGAGAGAAAAAUAAGCAUACAAAGUUGUUACUUAAAUCAGGAAACUAAUUGAUUAAUAUCCACCAAAAACUUUUGGCAUUUUUAUGUAUAAAGGUCUGUUCAACAUAAACAAAAAAUGAGGUUGAGGGUGGGAAGUGAGAGGCAUUUUCAGUCAUUUUCAGAACUGUUUGAGAACUUACUGUGGAAAUCCUUCAGUUGGACUAAAAAGAGAAUUCUUGGCAAAAAAAGGCAGCUGAUCCCUUGAGUGAAUGUUACAGCAAUCUAUUUAAGAAUUAUGCUUAUUAUUUCCAAAUCUCAAUUAGGAAAAUGUGGUGUAUGUCUUAAAAUUGUUUAUGUCAACACAAUAUAGAGUCAAAUUUAGCAUUUUAUACCACAACAGUAUUUGGAAAUCCAGCUUUUAUUCUUUGGCAAUCAUGGUUUUAAAUCUGAAUCACCUUGCCUUCUAUAAUACCAAAUGUUAUUACUAGCCUGGAUUUUAAUACACUCACUACAUGAGACUGUUUUAUAUCAUGAGGUUGUCCCAGUAAGAAUCAUGUCAUAACCAAUCUAAGUAGAAAAGAAACAUUUCUUUGAAAACCUAAAGUUUACUAUAUUGGUCACCCUCCAACAUUACUCUCUAAUAGUCCAGUGGGGUUGUGGAAAGCGGCUGAGUGACCUUGUGCAGCUAAGGAGGGCAGGUCAGUGAGCAUUAGGAGGCAGAGCAGCCAGUGCUCGGGCACCAAGACCAUAACAACCACAUGUGUUCUGUCAUUUUGGAAGACUGCAUGGCUUUAAAAUGAGCCUUAUUCUGACAGCAUGCUUCUCCUCAGAUAUCUUUGUCUCUUUGGACAUCCUGAAUCUGGUAGUAUAGAAACAUACAUAAAUGGACAGCCUUGGGUGCGUGUUUCUUCAGCUCGGUGGUGGUGUUUUGGUGCCAGACCUGACAGACCGUUUCAUUAGCUGCACCAUUCUUCACUGGGCAAAUCACUGUCACUCACUGCAGGUGCCACCAGGAUGACUUGGAUUGUAGAAACUCAAGUCUCCCUGAGGUUAAGACACUUGACUUGACCCCGAAGGUUUCAGAGUCCACAGAACUGCUUCAGAGGAAUUCUUACCGCUUUUCCCAAGGCCAGUCUUUUUAGCUAUCUUUAGAUAUUGACUAUUUCCUGAACUUAUUAGUUGUGUGUAUCUAUGAUGCAGGAAACUCUCCUUCCACUUAGGAGCUCAUUCAGGGAAGUGGGAACUCUGGCUCCCAUUUGUCCGGCUGCUUGUUAGAGUGUAGAAUUCACCAUAGCAUCUGUAAGUUCUCAAAGGGUUGUGGUGGAGUAGAACUUGAUGCUAGUAGCCUUCUAUUUUUAAUAGGAACCUAGAACAUACUUAGGAUUAUCUAUAGAGUUGUUUCUUUAGAAACUAGAACUAUUUAUUUGUAUUUAAGCAAUGUCUAUAAUUUGUACCAAUUCUUACCCCUCUGAAUAAACGCAAGACGGUA